AUGGUUGGUGUUAAAAUGGACUUCAACGUGCGGUGUAAUGCUUAUUCUUCAACAGGUGCAUCACGAGUCAGUGCUCUACAAAGGACCGAAUCGGAGGAGUUACGGUCAAAGAAUGCGGUGCGGGAUACAUCCGUAUCCAAGCUUGCUGCUAUACAAGCAGCCGUUCAGGGCACGAUCGCGGAUCGGAGUAGCAAAAUGCUUCGAGAAGAAGUUCUUGCGAAAAUGAAGGGUUUCCUCGACAUUGACAAGAUAAUCGAGCACCGCCCGCUGCUUGAUAAGUCUGCGAAGCGCCCAGGCAUUCCUCAAGUUGUUGUCGCCUCGGUGGAUAAAGACGCAGGUCCUCAGUAUGCGCCGCUAAGAUGCGCAGAAUGUAACAGCCUUAUCACGGCUAGCAUGUACAGUGAACGUUCACGGAAGCCCAACCGACAUACGAAGACUGUGUGUGAAUCCUGCUACUGGUCACGCCAUUAUGGGGAUGAAUCUUUCACCAAGUCGUACAAGCACUCUGUUUCAACAGAUGGCCUAUCCGAACGCGAAGCAGAAGCUAAAUACACGGGGCUCCUGGCUUCAGUGGGCGAUGUUCCCCAGGACCAGAAGUCAUCACUCUCAAGACGGAUUAGCCAAGCUGGUGAAAAGCUUAAGGCAAGACGGCUGUCAGGAGCCGCCAGGGAGAGUACGUCUGUAGGUAGCGGAGGCCAAUCCAGACCCUCUCGAGAUGCUACUCUCGAUGUGCUGGCCACGGACGAUGCGGACGUUCCUUUGUUUUUCCGCCAGUGUGCAGACAGAAAUCCCUUCGCGGGGGUACAUAUGGCUCUGCGGGUUGGGCCACUUGUGAUCGAAAAUGGUGUCUCAAAUACUCAUGCUGGAGCCCUGGUCUCCCUGCGCGAUUUGCCUAUUUUCAUCGAACGCUUCGCUAUCCGCGGCUCGCAUCAACGCGCCUUAUCCAUUGGGACGGAUGUUGAAAGGCGCGUGUGGGAACACCAGCGUGUCGUAGGAACUCCAAAGCGUUACAAGGUCAUGCUGAAGCAAGUCGUCGGGGCUCCAUUUUCCGGUGCACUGUCACGCUUCGUCGAGAGCGAUCAGGAGGCGCAUGUUGUCAACCUGGUCGUAGAAGCUAGUGAGCAUGCUUUUGACAGCGCAGUACUUUCUUCCGGGGAUCAAAAGCGAAAACUCGAUGAACGCCUCCACUCGAUACUUGAAUCCAUGAAAGCUCUUCUUCAGAGUCGUCUGAAAGUUUAUCUCCACCGCAUUGUCCAGCGUCUGCUGGAUUCGGACAACCCUCUCACGUGGAAUCCACUGGACAACAACUGUCGCGCCUUUUGCGACUCGCUUCUGGACUAUACGUUGUAUAGCCCUCUCGUGAACGGUCCACCUCAGACUAUCCCUGGCUUGUCUCCGUUGUAUUUGAUGAGCUUUGUCUCCCCACCACAGAAAGGAUACAUGAAGCCCCAGUUGCGAAGCAAAUUUGACGCUCCGGAAGGCUUCAUAGAGGAGUACAUAAGACGACUCCACUUCGGUCGACAUAACGAUGCCGAUAUCAUCGAUUCCCUCCAAGAAUAUUGGUACGACUGGGGCGGGUUUUCCAAGCCGCUGUACGAGCACCAGGAUGUGUUCCCAUGGGAUUGUUCGGAGGCAUAUAAAGGUUCCCAGGCUAAAUGUGGACAAUGCAACUUGUCAAAGCACGUCUGGGCAUUUCCGUUUGAUUCCUGGUCCAUUGUCACCCUGCAUCUGCAGCGCGACCAGCAUCAAUAUCCCGGAUUCGUCGGCAUGACUGACCCUGCAAAGCUCAAAAAAUGGACGCAAUUGCGUCUAUCAGUGCUCCAAGCCUCGUCUAAGCUCCAUCGGGCCGCGGCGGCUAUGUCACUAACCCCAACGUUUGUCAAGCUGACAGCUUGGCUCCAUGAAACUGAUCGCGGCCUGUUGCAAUCGCAUCCCUAUCUGUCCCGCGUCCGGACUGGAGGGAUUCAUCGCGCACAGCCUUGUAGCCACUACUACGAUGUCGGAGUAGGGAAGAACUAUUUUCUCGCACAUUGGGCAGCGCUGGAUGAAGAGAAACAAAAACAUGAGUACGAAAAGCUCAGAGAUGCACGUAUGAGGGCGCAGGAUAUCCCUGCUACAGUCGCCCUCCAGGUGCCGAAGUUCUACGCUACCUCUCAACGGCAUGGACGCCUCGCAUUCUACGGUUUUCAGGGUGCGUUUCAGAGCGACGCUCUCUUAAGUGAAGGGAAAACAUCCUAUUACCCAUACUUCCACGCGGCGCUUUCACGGAAUUCGUCCCAAGGAGGAUGGGAAUGCGCGGACGCUCAGCUCUAUCGUCUCGAUGAGCUAGCUGGUGAUAAGAAUCUCAGCAAGGGAGCGGAAUUUAACUGCGGCUCCGGAUGUGGUUCGGUCACAAAGGCCGAUGUUCUCCCUCGGCUAGAACCUGUUCGAACUUUGGACAAGUCCAAUAUGAGUUCCAGCCGUCCUAAAACAAACAACCGGUACAAGGGCUCCUCAUAUUCCUCCAGGGGGAGCAGUGGUUGCGGCGGCGGCGGAUAUGGAGGAAGCUGCGGCGGAUAUGGAGGAAGCGGUGGCGGAAGUGGAGGAGGCGGAGGGAGUGGUGGUGGCGGAUAG